ACUGGAAGAUAAACUUACUUGCAGAUUCACCAAGGAGGCGCUGACAUCCCUAAUUUAUGUGGCAACCACCAAGCACAGUCCAAUUCGAAGAGAAAAAAUCGGUAAAAAGAUUCGACCUUUUCACCUUCUUUGAGGUUUGGAUUUCCUCAUCUUCAUCCCCUUUUCACCACGCGCUUGAAGCAUGGCGAAUGCUGCGGAAGAUUUCGCUCAAUUCGGGAUUUCAAAGGAGGAAAAGGAUAAGCUUGUUGGGGAAGUGAUUAGGUAUGUGCUUUUCAAAACCCAUCAUAAUUCAGGGUGCCCUAUUAAGAGAGAUGAACUCACUCAAGUCGUUACGAAGAACUACCAUCAGCGUAGCCUUCCUGCCUUUGUUAUCAAUGAAGCUAAGGACAAGCUUUCCUCCGUAUUUGGGUAUGAAAUGAAAGAGCUUCAAAGGGCACAACCUUCAUCCAAAGCCCAAACUCGAGCAUCCCAACAGAGUGGGGCAGAUCCAAAAUCAUACAUUCUCAUAAGUCAACUUCCUCCUGAUGUAUAUGAAAAAUAUGUUGUGGAUGCAAAAACUGCUCAUCUAUCUGGAUUCACUUUUGUCGUGAUUAGUAUUGUCCAUCUUGCUGGUGGCAAAAUUCCAGAAGACAAUCUAUGGAGCCAAUUAAGGAGGAUGGGUUUGGCUUUGGAUGAAAAUGAAGGAAGUCAUCCAGUCUUUGGAAAUGUUAAGCUGGCAUUGGAGCUUCUUGUUCAGCAAAGGUAUUUACAGAAAGACAGAGUUAAUGGUCCUGAAGGCAAUACUCUAUAUUACGAGCUAGCUGAGAGAGCUUUAGAUGCACCCAUGAAUGACAGGGUGAAGGAAUACAUCUCUCAGAUUGUACAGGAUAAUACUACAGUGGGUGCUGCCUAAGAGCUAGUUCUUCGUUGUCUCAUCUGGGAUAUAAUUAUGCUGAUAAAAAAAAAAAUAGUAGAUAAAUAGAGAUGAGAUCAUGGUUCCAAUUGAUUACUAACUUUAAGCCUUGAACUCUUCAAGAAUCUCUAUCUAAAUCCUGUCUUCAGCUAAAUGUGCAGAUGUUAAGAUUUAGGUUCAGAUUUGUCAAUGAUGAAAGUUUUGUAAAUUUGAAGCUGAUUGUGUAUAUAACAAAGGUUAAGUUUAAUCUUA